CGAGGUGCGCACACGCAACAACUCGCUGCUGAACACAACUAACUUGAACGAGUCGAACAAAGCUUCCACAAAAGCUAACGCCAUGUAUCUGGAUACGAAAAACCUGACAGCCAGCAGCAGCAACAUAACAGCAACAUCAGUUUUAAUGGCGCCCAAAGCGGGGAGACGCAUGCGCAAAGUGUGGCAGCCACUGCGACGCCUGUUGACAGUGGGCGGCAAGGGCAGGCCCACCUCUCAGCCACAUCCCAACAAUGUGGAUCUCAAUAAUACGCAGCUCUUGCCACAGCUGGACUCUCUGCAAACUAAUGACAACGCCAACGACAACGACAGCAGCAAAACAACGCCCGAUGAGUCUAUCAACAAGUUCGCCGACCUGACUUUACAGCAGGUGCAUGAAGAGCUAACACAAACGCCACCGCCGCCCAAUACGCCCACGCUGAUCAGCAGCGUUUACGUGGAGAAGGCCAGCACACAGAGCUGCAAUGCCUGCCACCAUGGACGCAACUGUCAGCACACACAUCACAACAGCAACAACAUCAACACCAAUAACCACAGCCUAAAUGUAACCGCAGUGCCCCAGUUCACGCCCACGUCUGAUGUCACGCCCACAGCCACAUCUACGCUGUGGGAUCUGCCUCUGCCGUUGCAGUACAUUAGCACCGACAACGGCACCUUCUUCUGGGCCAACACACAGGAGCGUGUCGACGACGACCUGCUGCACGCCUGGCUCUGCCAAAGCUUUAGCCAAUUGCCCGGCACGCUUUGCUAGACCCCGCUCCAACUCCAAACGUGUUCCCUAUAACAGAUCUCAUUUUGGGUAACUCGUGACUGGACCUCGCCCCGAGUCAAAAAGCUCACAGACAGUCGAGGUCCAGGACUGUGUAUCCCAAAUUCUUAUUAGUUAUUUGUUCACACAAUUAUUUAUUUUCU